GGAUACUAAACACAAACCGGCUGCUGAGUACAUCCGGGUCAAAGGGUUUCAGUCACGUGAGUUAACGUUAGCUGAGCAGCUCGCAUGUCUCCGACCUCUUAGGAGAAUCGUUUUUUAAAUGCGUUUCCUCUUCCAUUAAAGCCUGUCAUUGAUCAUGAUCAGGUCAGUACUGCUGCACAGAUUUACUUCAAAUAUCCUCCUUCAAACAUCCUGCUCCAGAGGAUCGUGUCGACUUACAGGUCGGACAACUUAUGAUGUGCAGCCUCAUUCACGAGGCCGCACACCCACCCAGCACAGCUCCCCCGGGCCGCAUAAAUCUAAAAUCACAGGCCUGGUCAGGUACUCGGACUCUUCUGCAGACAGAUACUCUAUGAUCUACACCCUGCCGCACAUUCGACUCCUCAGAGCUGUGUCCAGGCUGAAGCUGCUGCAAACUGCAGUCGCCGUGGUCAUCUUGCCCCCAGUGUACCUCUUCUACUUCCAGGGAGUCGUCCCCUUCGCUCUUGUCAGCUACACAACUGGUAUAGCGUUGUUCGCGGGUGUCAUGCUCUACACUGCCAGUCACUUCUUCAGGAGGGUUGUGGGGAUGAUGUACCUGGACCCUUCUCAGACCACGCUCAAGGUGUCCCACCUCACCUUCUGGGGCGGGCGCCGUGACCUCUACCUCCCUGUGUCAGAUGUCAUGACCAUGGGGGAUACAGGCGACUCUGUCAACGAGACGAUAGUGAAACUCAAGAGAUUCAGCGGUCCAGAGACGCUCUACUUCUCCACUCGCUUUGGACGUGUGGUGGACAAACAGGCUUUUGAGAAGGUGUUUGGAACUUUAAAAUGAUUUUUCUCAAAAUGUAUGGAUAGUCAACAAUAAAUUGUAUGGUGUAACUUGUUCUAAGGAGGAGGAUAUGUUCCCUUUUAAGCUUGUCACUAGUAUGAACAUUGAAACACAAUAGCGGUCAUUUGCCUCGUGUCCACGGUGAAUGAUAAGCUAACUCAUGAAUAAAGCUUAUGGCUGGAUUAGAUAUUUGUAGGACUACCAAGUAACCAGUGUUUACAAUAACGUGGUAAGAGUACCGACUCAUUUGGUUUUUAACCAGGGUCCUAACGGAUGAAAGAGCCAAAACAGUGACAAAAGUAAAAGAGAGAUUGUCCUAAUGUACAAACAGAUAUAUUUGUCUUUCAUCAUAAACAAUAUUUUAGACAAAAGCACAAUUCAUUGACUAAGAUAUGUUUCAGGGUAAAAAUGAUCUGCGCAAUGCUCUUUGUGUCAUACAAUAGCUUUCCCUGAGAUGGAAUAAAAAAAAUAAAAAUGUAAUCCAUUCAUUUGGAUACACAAUGGGCUCCCUAGAGAUCCGCCCCCAUAGCCUGCAACCCUAUUAUGACAAAUGAUAUUGGUAUAUUAAAUUGGUAAUAACACAUAAUAUAUAAUUAACCUCAACGUGGGCUGAAGUUCAUUGAAAAAAAGGCCUAUUUUAAGGAGCUAAUGCAAAUCCCACGGGUUGUUCUGACGGUAAUUUAGAAUUUAGAAUUAUUGCAAAAACACACAUAAAUGACACUUAAUCCAUGACAAGAUAAUCUUCACAAAUAUACACUAUUGCAUUUUGAAACAAAAAGUGAUUGUGUCAGAAACACACUGUUCUUUAUAUAUAUUAGCUGGACCCAGCUAUUAAAGGCCAAAGGCACAGCUCUUAAUCAGCUUUGUUCCCACAGAUGUGGCCGACACUGCAGUCUGAAAUGAUGCUGUACACACUAAACUAGCUUU